GUGUAUCUCCCGUAGACACCAACAGCAGCUGGGUCUGGUCUACUUAGUUCCUUGACUUACAUUGACCCCCCCUAAAAAACUAUUGCGAGUGGGGUGUCUCGCUUCCUCUUCUAUCUCUGAUUUCAGCUAGAUGUGUUAGGACCGCCCUCUCAAUGAAUGAGGAAGUUAGUUAGCUGCUAGCAUAGUAUGCUAAUGGGGUUCUGAUUAUUUUUGUUAUUGUAAUUAAAAGGUUUCAGAAGACAUAUAUCACCUUUCCAUUAGUACGAGGAUACUUUACUUUUGGACGGAAUUACUGUUUCAACGGGGAACCCGUUUUCCGAGUAUGAAACAACCGAAUUUAUGAGUUAGCGCGUGCGUAUGUUUACAAAACAGGUGAAACUCCCCAUCCGAAAGUUAGCUAGCCAAUCUAGCUAGCUAUAUCAAGCCAAUUAGCUAUCCAAAUAGCACAACUGGAAGUAAAAUGUGUUGGAUAAUGCCAUAGUAAAUAUAUUUUACCAAUUUAGAUUUACAAAUCUGGGUACAGUAAAUUGCUGAAGUUGUAGAUGUAUAGCUAAAAAGCUAAAUUAGCUAAGUUAGCCUGCGAAUGUUUUGGCGCAACCCUAAGGUUCCCCACGCGCAGAACUGUGAUUACACUGAAGAAGAUAAAGUAUGUCAAUUAUAUAAAUAGUCUCUAAAAUACUACGAAUGGGAAAGCACAUGAUAUUCUUGUUAUGACGCCAUUGUGUGCACCUGUUGGCGUUGUCACAUUAUACCUAUACACUAGCUAUAACUAACGUUAUAGUCUAGCUAAACAAAUUGAGGGUUUGUCAACAUGGCAAGUGCCUUAGCAGCUAAAAUGGGACUCAUGUCAUUGAGAAGAAAACAAGCCAAGAACUUCAAUGUCAGGAUCACCACAAUGGAUGCAGACAUGGAAUUCAGUUGUGAGGUCAAAUGGAAGGGAAAAGAUCUUUUUGAUCUGGUGUGCCGGGCUCUGGGACUGAGAGAGACGUGGUUCUUCGGGUUCCAGUAUGAUGUCAAAGACACUGUAGCCUGGAUCAAGAUGGACAAGAAGGUUUUGGACCACGAUGUGUCCAAGGAGGAACCAAUCACCCUUAAUUUCCUGGCCAAGUUUUACCCUGAGAACGCAGAGGAGGAGUUGGUUCAGGACAUCACUCAGCAUCUCUUCUUCCUACAGGUGAAGAAUAAGAUCCUGGAAGAGGAGAUCUACUGCCCUCCUGAAGCCUCGGUGCUGCUGGCCUCCUAUGCCGUCCAGGCCAAGUAUGGAGACUAUGACCCCAAUGUCCACAAACUAGGCUUUCUGGCUCAAGAGGAACUCUUACCAAAGAGGGUGAUCAACCUUUACCAAAUGACAGCAGAGAUGUGGGAGGAGAGAAUCACUUCUUGUUAUGCUGAGCAUAGAGGGAGGACAAGGGAAGAUGCUGAGAUGGAGUACUUAAAAAUAGCUCAAGACCUGGAGAUGUACGGCAUCAAUUACUUUCCCAUCAGGAACAAGAAGGGAACAGAUCUCCUGCUGGGAGUGGAUGCCUUGGGUCUACAUAUCUACGAUCCAGACAACAAGUUAACCCCCAAAUGUUCCUUCCCUUGGAAUGAGAUUCGCAACAUCUCCUACAGCGACAGAGAGUUCGCCAUAAAGCCUCUGGACAAGAAAACAGACGUGUUCAAGUUCAACUCCUCCAAGUUGAGGGUUAACAAGUUGAUCCUGCAGCUGUGCAUGGGGAACCAUGACCUGUUCAUGCGGAGGAGGAGGGUGGACUCUCUAGAGGUGCAACAGAUGAAGGCCCAGGCCCGAGAGGAGAGGGCCAGGAAACGGGUGGAGAGGCAGCGGUUAGAGAGGGAGAAGCACCUGAGAGAGGUAGCAGAGAGAGCCAGGGACGAUCUGGAAAGGAGACUGAUACAGCUACAGGAUGAAGCCCACAUGGCCAAUGACGCUCUGCUUCGUUCUGAGGAGACAGCAGAUCUCCUGGCUGAGAAGGCCCAGAUAGCUGAGGAGGAAGCGAAGCUGCUGUCCCAGAAGGCUAGUGAGGCCGAGGCCGAAAUGCAGCGGAUCAAGGUGACAGCCAUCCGCUCAGAGGAGGAGAGGAGAAUGAUGGAACAGAAGAUGCUGGAGGCGGAGAUGAUGGCCCUCAAGAUGGCUGAUGAGUCAGAGAGGAGGGCAAUGGAGGCUGACCAGCUGAAGCAGGACUUGCAGGAAGCCAGGGACUCUGAAAGGAGGGCCAAACACAAGCUGCUAGAGAUCACCAGCAAGUCUACCUACUCGCCCUCGGCCAUCCCAGGUGAUGCGAUGCCUCCAGACCUGAGCUUCAGCAGAGAGAACCUGAGCUUCGACUUCAAAGACACAGACAUGAAGCGCCUCUCCAUGGAAAUCGAGAAGGAGAAGGUGGAGUACAUGGAGAAGAGUAAGCACCUUCAAGAGCAGCUGAAUGAGCUGAAGACAGAGAUAGAGUCUCUGAAGCUGAAGGAGCGAGAAACGCCUCUGGAUAUACUCCACAACGAGAACACUGAGAAGGGCACCAGCAAGCACAGCAACUUCAAAAAGCUAACUCUACAGAGCACCAAGACCAGAGUGGCUUACUUUGAAGAACUAUAGAUGUCACCAGGGACGUGUGUGUGCAUGCUUGACUGUGUGUGUGCGUGCUUGACUGUGUGUGUGCAUGCUUGACUGUGUGUGUGCGUGCUUGACUGUGUGUGUGCGUGCUUGACUGUGUGUGUGCGUGUGUCUGUUUGCGUGCGAACGCGUCUGUUUGCGUGCACGCGUGUCUGUGUGCGUGCACGUGUGUCUGUGUGGACAUGUCUCUGGAGAAACUUUAUCACUACAGUACAUUCCAUACUACGUGGCCUUUGGCUUCAUUUCACCACAACUGCGGUCAAACGAUGGACCACUGCCUAGGUCAAAACUAAUUUAAGAACUGAAGUUUACAUACUGUAUAGGCCAAGAGAGACAAAUCAUGAGUUACACUUUAAUUUACAUUCCACUACUUCUUACCUAAUAUUUACCUUAAAAUAACCAAACAAUACUCACAAUAACUACAGUUUGUGUUAUUUGUGUAACAUUGAAACAAACAUACUAUUUACCAUUCACUAGCAGGUAGGUAAAGUAUGUUUAAUUAUGUAUCAGUAUCCUUACCACUCAAAUAAGUGCGUAAUGAGUAUUAACAGGUAAAUACCACUGAAAAAUUACAGUACAAUAUUAUCAACUCGUAUCACGUCACCUCAAGUCUCUGGCUGCCGUAAGUUAAUUUCUGUAUAGGUGUUCUCUAGUAUGAAGGUACCAAGUGCACUAUAUUCUGUUCUACCCUUUAAAAGCAGAGUGGAAUAGCCUUUGAACUCUGGGUGAAGAUGAAGGAAUGGUAAGAGUAUUACAGUACAACAAUCCGGUGUACAUCUAGCACAGUUUUCCUGAAUCCUGAUACUGGGGACCCACAGCGAUGCACAUUUUUGUUGUUUUGCCCUAGCAUUAACACACUUCAUUCAACUAAUCAGCUCCUCAUCAAUGCUUUGAUUAGUUUAUUCAGUUGGGCUGGGGCAAAAACCAAAAUAUGUGUGCGGUGAACAUUUUGAAUCCCCAUGACCAGGAUUGGGCAACACUGAUCUAACCUAUCGUUGGUACUUUUGGGAAAAAUGUCAGGGCUAUGUUUCUUUUUUAGCUCUUUGAACAAACUUGAGUUUGCAUUCCAUUCCAUUGUAUUGAUCUAAUACGGUGCACUCUGAAACUGUUUGCAUAUUUUGUUACAUUACAGACUUAUUCUAAAAUAUAUUAAAUACAUUUUUUGCCUCAGUCUACACACAAUACCCCAUAGUGACAGAGAAAACAGGUUUGUAUAAAUGUUUACUAAUGUAAAUAAGCUAUUUCUGUGUUUGUAUUUGUAAAAGUAUUCAGCCUGUUUGCUAUGAGACUUGAAAUUGAGCUCAGGUGCAUCCUGUUUCCGUUGAUCAUCCUUGAGAUGUUUCUACAACUUGAUUGUAGUCCACCUGUAGUAAAUUCAAUUGAUUGGACAUGAUUUGGAAAGGCACACACCUGUCUAUAUAAGGUCCCUCAGUUGACAGUGCAUGUCAGAGCAAAAAUCAAGCCAUGAGGUUGAAGGAAUUGUCCGUAGAGCUCAGACACGAUUGUGUCGAGGCACCGAUCUGGGAAAGGCUACCAAGAAAUGUCUGCAGCAUUUAAAGUCCCACAGAACACAGUGCCCUCCAUCAUUCUUAAAUGGAAGUGGUUUGGAACCACCAAGACUUUCUAGAGCUGGCCACCCGGCCAAACUGAGCAAUCAGGAGAAAAGGGCCUUGGUCAGGGAGGUGACCAAGAACCUGAUUGUCACUCUGACAGAGCUCUAGAGUUCCUCAGUGGAGAUGGUAAAACCUUCCAGAAGGACAACCAUCUCUGGUGAAACAAAGAUUAUACUCUUUGGCCCGAAUGCCAAGCGUCACGUCUGCAGGAAACCUGGUACGAUCCCUACGGUGAAGCAUGGUGGUGGCAGCAUCAUGCUGUGGGGAUGCUUUUCAGGGACUGGGAGACUAGUCAGGAUUGAGGCGAAAUAUGAACGGAGCAAAGUACAGAGAUCCUUGAUGAGAACCUACUCCAGAGCCCUCAGGAACUCAGACUGGGAUGACGGUUCACCUUCCAACAGGACAAUGACCCUAAGAACACAGCCCAGACUACGCAGGAGUGGCUUCAGGACAAGUCUCUGAAUGUCCUUGAGUGUCGCAGCCAGAGCUCGGAAUUGAACCCGAUCGAACAUCUCUGGAGAGACCUGAAAAUAGCUGUGCAGCGACGCUCCCCAUCCAACCUGACCGAGCUUGAGAGGAUCUGCAGAGAAGAAUGGGAGUUACUCCCCAAAUACAGCUGUGCCAAGCUUGUAGCGUCAUACCCAAGAAUAUUUGAGGCUGUAAUCGCUGCCAAAGGUGCUUCAACAAAGUACUGAGUAAAGGGUCUGAAUACUUAGUUCAGUUUUCGAAAUUAAAUUAAUAAAAAAAUGAUUUGUCAGCAUGGGGGUAUUGUGAGUCGAUAGUUUUUUCCCCAUGAACAAUUUCAGCCAUUUUAGAAUAAGGCUGUAACAUAACAAAAUGUGGAAAAGUCAAGGGGUCUGAAUACUUUCUGAAUGCAUUGUUAUGUGUCUUAUCUGUGAAAACGGUUUAUUUUCUUGUUGGCAUUAAACGAGGACAGUGAACAGUGUUUUUCUUUUUGAAAUGCUAUUAUUUUGCAUGUGUUGUAAGUUGCCUUUUUAAACACUAUACUAUUUUAUAGAAAUACUGUAUGUUUGAACUGAUCAUCUGUGAAAAAUAAUUAAAAUGUAAGCAAACAUUUUAUUCAAGAAUGA